AUGGCAGCAAAAAAGACACUCGUCGUCGUCCUUAUAGUUUUUCUUAGCAUUUUCUCGGCCACUGCCAAACCCGGCCCCGUCCCUGUCCGUCGCCCCGUCCCCGUCCCGGACAACAGUCCACCCAUACCGGCAGAGAGGGCUCAAGUGGAGAGUUGGUUUCAGACCAAUGUCAAACCGUACAAGGAGCGGAGGGCCAGUUUGGACCCUGCCCUUGCGAAUGCCGAGAACAAUCCCAAAUUGAUGAAGGUGGGUAAAGAUGGCGAAUUCAAGUCGGUGAUGGAUGCAAUUAAGAGAAUCCCAGAUGGAAAUACUCAACGAGUGAUCAUCUCAAUUGCGCCCGGAAUCUAUAAUGAGAAAGUCAUCAUUGAUAAAAAGAAGCCGUUUGUCACUUUGUUAGCUAGUGAUCCAAAGAAUUUGCCAACUUUGGUUUUUGGCGAUACAGGAAAAGCGAAAGGAACUAUGAUGAGUGCUAGUGUGAUAAUUGAGUCUGAUUACUUCCGUGCUAUCGAUAUAAAUUUUAAGAAUUCGGGACCAAGGCCAGCUCCCGGACAGCAAGCACAAGCCUUGGCAUUGAGAAUCUCCGGCGACAAGGCUUCAUUCUAUAACUGCAGAUUCCUUGGAUUUCAAGACACCCUUUGUGAUGACAAAGGCAGGCAUUUCUUUAAGAACUGCUACAUUGAAGGCAUGGGUGAUUUCAUCUUCGGCAAUGGAAAAUCUCUAUAUGUGAACACACAAAUACAUGUGAUACCCUUCCCUCAGGCAUUUAUCACGGCACAAGGAAGACAGACCGCGACGGAAGAUACUGGCUUUUUAUUCGUUCAUUGCAGAGUUACUGGCGCAGGAAGAAUCGCUGACUUAGGCAGAGCAUGGAAGCCUUUUGCCAAGGUGGUUUUUGCCUACACUGAAAUGAGCGAUGUGAUCAAGCCUGGAGGAUGGAAUAACAAAGAUGAAAGGACGGUUACUUUCCUAGAAUACAAGAACACGGGUCCAGGGUCUAAUCCCGGUGGUCGAGUUAAAUUCUCGAAACAGCUAAGUGAUGCAGACAUUAAACCCUAUAUCAGCCUUGCCUCUAUAGAGGGUUCCAAGUGGCUUCUUCCUCCUCAUAAAGCUUAA